CACUAGCCAAGCACCUUUCAGUCAUUAUAAGAACCGCUAUCUCUCCUCGAUGUCUUGGAUCAAACAUCAAUUAAAUUCAAACUUCUUCACUCACAAGCCUAAGAAUCAAAGAAUUUCCGACAUCCUUAGAUUACAAUGGCUGUUCCGCAUCACCGGCACCGUUCAUCGUUGGAAGGGGUGAUCGUUCCUGAACCGCAACACUUGACGCCAGAAGAGCAUGACAAAGCUACUGAGCUUUUUAACAUGAUCAUCGAUUAUUUCGAGCCUCUGCAGAAAUCUAGCAAGAAGUACAAACCGAUAACACUUAUACGCCUCACGAUGGAGGGGAUCUCUGUUGAAGACGAGUUUCUUAUUUUCUUUUUCACUUUCAUUGAGCACAACCGACUUGGAGUCACAGAAGACACAGAAAUUUGCCUAGCUGAGACCUUAUCAAGUGUGCAAAGUUUUCAGGGAUGGACUGAUGAAGAACGACAUGUCCUUGAUGACAGUUUGGUCAAGUUUGCCAUGUAUCUGAUAGAGAAUUUCUUCCUACCACUCAAAGCAUUGGCCGCAAAGACUCCUCAACCUACGCCGGCAUCUGUUUCUCGUCUCAAAUCGUCAGAACCAGCUAUUGGCACCCCGCAACGUGUCUCUAAUCUGCGGCAUCUCUGCCUUACGCGUGAUCGACAUCGAUGUGUUAUAACGCGAAAAUUCGACGCUCUGGAGGGUGAAACACGGUACAAUAUCUAUGGAGACGAAAAGUAGCGCAUAUCAUUCCUCAUUCUCUCAUGUCUCUCAGUGACCUUGAAGGAGAGCCGAAACUGACUGAGCGAAAGCAUAUAACCCAUAAGAUUCUCAAAAUGUUCAACCCCACAGUUCUCCACUUGAUCAGCGGGACUGAUAUUGACCGACCGAUGAAUGCGCUCACCUUGACUCAUGACCUUCAUAGAUUGUUCGGCAAUUUUGAAGUUGCAUUUGAACCAGUCCAGAAUCAAGCACACACAUACAAGAUUGACUAUGUGAAGACCAAACGCAUCUGGCGAUCUUACAAACUUCCUAUUAUCCGCAAGCUCUACAUCACCCCCGACAGAAAUAUCGAGCCACCUUCUCCGGAACUUUUGGAAAUACAUCGUGCUAUCGGGCGCAUUCUUCAUCUUAGUGCCGCG